AUGGGCCCCAACCUGCUCCUGCUGCUGCUCCUGGGACUAGCAGGCCAGGGCUCCGCUGACAACCUCCCGGAGGUGCUGCAGGCGCCCGUGGGGAGCUCCAUCCUGGUGCAGUGCCACUACCGACCUCAGGAUAUCAAGGCUCGAAAGGUGUGGUGCCGCUUCCUGCCGGAGGGAUGCCAGCCCGUGGUGUCGUCAGCUGUGGAUCGCAGGGCCCCAGAAGGCAGUCGCAUAUUUCUCACUGACCUGGGGGGCGGCCUGCUCCAGGUGGAGAUGAUUACCCUGCAGGAAGAGGACGCUGGAGAGUACGGCUGCGUGGUAGAGGGAAUCUCAGGGCCCCAGACUGUGCACAGAGUCACACUGGAUGUGCUCCCUGCAGAGGAGCACAAGGAGACCUAUCAGGUUGGGAGUCUGGCCGACAGCGUUUCUUCGGACCCUGGAGGCAGUGCCAGCCCUUUGGAUCCUAGCUGGGAUAAGAAGAGCAGACCCUUGAUUUGGGGUGCUGUGUUCCUGCUGGGCCUGCUGGUGAUGGCGGUUGUGCUGUUUGCUGUGAUGGCCAAAAGGAAAGGGAACAGGCUUGCUGUCUGUGGACAAUUUCAGGGCAGUGGAGUCUCAGGCUCGGCCCCCUCUGCAGUGGUGCACCACAUCAGUGACUCUGCACUGGCUGCUGUUUUGCCAUCGGAUGUACCAUACGUUAGGCUCGACUCGCCACCUUCCUUCGACAAUACCACCUACACCAACCUUCCUCUUGAUCCCCUGUCAGGGAAACACCCACACCCAGCCCCAUCCUGUUUACCCCCUCUGCCUCCUAAGGUUGAAAUCUGCUCCAAGCCUGUGACAUACGCCACAGUUGUCUUCCCUGGAGGGGUAAAGAGGAGAGGAGCCUCCUUCGAGCCAGCCCAGGAUCUCCCUAAUAGCGAGACUCCACCCAGCUAAGCUGUUCACCAUCCUGUAAACUCACAGAAAUCAU